UCACGCAAUCACUGCGCGACACGGACAGACUGUCACUUUAUUAGCUGGCACUAUUGGCUCCCGUACGCCUGUUGAUGUCUUCUGGCGAAUUAACAUGGAGGACAGACUGAAUACGAAUUCGGGAGGACGAGGACACACGACUUGCCGAGUGAAAACCAGGUAGUGGACAACCCUGAGAGCGAGAACGUUCCCCAAACAUACACUGUCCACCAUCAAAGUAUACCUCCAUUACAAUGAAGGUGCCAAAGCUGGCCGUCAUCUUCCUCCUGGUGGUCUGCCUUGUGGUCUACCUCACCUACGUGAAACGAUGCUUUGAGAACAGGAAGUUGUCCAAGCCGUUCCUGGAGCAGCUUUACAGAACAGACCUCCACAAGAGACCGACGUCGGCCGAGAUGGCUGGUGAAAUGUUUCGCUAUGGCAUCAUGUUUGAUGCUGGGAGCACCGGGACGAGAAUACAUAUCUUCCAGUUUCAGCAGGAAAACAAUGCAGCUCCUAAAUUGGGUCCCGAGACGUUUAAAGCAAUAAAACCCGGACUGUCUGCGUACGCCGAUGAUCCAGAAAAGAGUAAAGCAGGACUGUUGGAGCUCCUGGAGGUGGCCAAGCAGACCGUUCCUCCUGCCCAGUGGUCCUCCACCCCUCUGGCCCUCAGAGCCACAGCAGGACUCAGGCUGCUGCCGGGGGAGAAGGCAACACACCUCCUCGACAAGGUGAAGGAGGUGUUUGCCGUAUCUUCAUUUCUUUUUCGGUCCGACAGCGUGUCCAUCAUGGAUGGUACAGAUGAAGGGGUCUCUGCUUGGAUCACCGUAAACUUUUUAUUAGGUGGUCUUCAUAAGUCUGAAGUUCCCACAGUGGGCAUCCUGGAUCUGGGAGGUGGCUCAACCCAGAUCACUUUCUCUCCACAGGACGAGAAAACCAUCCAGACCUCCCCGAUCGAUUAUGUGACGUCGUUUCAGAUGUUCAACACCAGCCACACUCUCUAUUCGCACAGCUACCUGGGACUUGGUCUGAUGUCUGCCAGACUGGCCGUGUUGGGAGGGGUUGAAGGACAGCCUGUAGGGGGUGGUCAGGAGCUGGUGAGUCCAUGUCUGGCUCCAGAUUAUACCGGAGAGUGGGAGCAUGCAGAGGUCACUUACACCUUAAAGGGUCAAAAAGCAGGAGAGCCCAUCUACGAGUCAUGCUUGAGCAAAGUGGAGAAGAUGAUCUAUAAACGAGUGCAGAAAGCAGAGGAGGUGAAAGACAUGGAGUUCUAUGCAUUCUCAUAUUACUACGACCGUGCUGUGGACCUGGGGCUCGUCGAUGAGAAGAAAGGAGGCUCCCUUCGAGUAAGCAACUACAUAGAUGGCGCCAAAACAGUGUGUAAGAACAUGGAGGCUAAUGCAGGACAAAACCCGUUCCUCUGUCUGGACCUCACCUACAUCUCGGUGCUGCUGCAGGAGCUCGGAUUUCCCACUGACAAGGAGCUGAAGCUGGCCAGGAAGAUCAGGGAGGUGGAGACGAGCUGGGCGUUAGGAGCCACCUUCUAUCACAUGGAAUCUCUCCACAAACAUUAACCAGGUCCACCUUUCACGCUUCUGUGCAAAAGACUUCACUUUUCUUUUCUUUCCCCGAAUCACGUGCCUGAAGAGGACAGUGCUGAUGUAGGAUCAGCUCCUUUCUUUCUGUUAAACUGUUGAAGAUAAACCUGUACAGGAAAAACUGAUCCCAGAUCAGCACUCAUUCUGGGAAGAUGAAGAUGAUGAAGAACUAGAUGCAAACUCUGUUUCCAUGCACACAGCAGCCCUAUCCUAACGACUGUGUAUAAUAACCUUUUACUCUCCUUUGUUUUUCCCUACACACACACACACACACACACACACACACAAUAUGCCAGGGUUUCUUCACACACUGGAAAUACUAUAGACGCACACAAAGACGUGCACUGUGACAGAGAUGUGUGUCUGCCUAUGUGUGUGCGUGCGUGUGUGUCCUGCUGUAUGAAUGUGUGUCCUCCUGUAUGAGUGUGUGUGUGUACUCCUGUGUGUGUGUGUGUGUCCUCCUGUAUGAGUGUGUGUGUGUACUCCUGUGUGCGUGUCCUCCUGCGUGCAUGUGUGUCCUCCUGUGUGCUUGAGUGUGUGUUUCCUCCUGUGUGUGUGUGUGUCUGUGUGCAUGCUGUCAGCUCAGGAUGUAUACAGAAAUCUGGGAAAUUUCUGGAAGGUCAUACUGAAGAUACCGUGUUCUGAGCACGUGUUUCAGGUUCACAAACACAGCAGGCCAUGUGUGUUUACAGCAGCCAUCUUCAUUAGUCAUCUUUAUCCUAUGGAAUCUUGUAAAAAGCAUAAGAAUGAGAGUAAACCUACAUUCACACAGGCAAGUGAAGAAACGGAAGAUGAAUACGUUGAUUUGUUUGUUGUUGUCGUUGAUGUUUUUUGCAUCUCUCUGAGCCAUGAUUCUGCUGACGUUUAUCAUUUCUUUGCAAAUUAGUUGUAACAAAGGCUGGCCUAAGACUCGAGACUUGGACUAGACCUGAGGCUUGGGCAAAUUCCUCACUGCGAAAAAAUAAGCUCUUGAUAAAUGUCAUUUUAAGCUUUAAUUGUUCUUAUUUUGGAUCUCAAAAUGAAUGCUUAAAAUUAAAGCUUGAAAUGUCGAGGAAUAGCUUAAAUCAUCUCGGGUUUGGUUUAUUAAAAUUGAUAAUAUGAAAUACUAGCUACAGCUGAAUGUACUCAGGAUAUUUCUUUUAUUGCUUAGAUGCUUCUUGCAGUGCUUGCUCUACAUCUUCCUAAGGAGUUUUCUCCACCAAAAAAAACAAAAAAAAAAAGAGAGAGGUUUAUAAAGAGUAUUACCGAACAUAAACAAUACAUUUUGAACAAAUGCAACAUCAGUAGAUGGUGUGGUACAUUCUGGCUUUCGUACAUAUAUAUCGUGAGAUUUAUUAAAAGCUGAAGGAGGCAUGUCGGGGCCUGACGUUGUUGAUGUCUGAGCCUGGAUUAAAAACCUUUGCAUUAUGCUGAACAAAUCCACUGGGCUAGGGAAAACUAUGCUUUGGAAAUGCAAACCUGAGCCCUGGUUUCUGAUCAGAAUGCUGGCUACGUUAUUCUCAAAGAUGUUAACUAAGACUGCGCUGCUUUAAGGAUCAUAAUCGGGACCGACUCUAAGACUAACGAGAUCUUUCGUGUGCAUGUAAACAUAGUUACUGCACUAGUUAAAUGCACUAGAAGUGAUUCUAAUGCCUGUGCAGGAAAAAUGCAAGAAAGCUAAUAAAAAUAUAUAUGGUACACAAUCUUUUUCUCUCUCACACACACACACACACACACACACACACACACACACAACUUGGGACUACUGCAGAAAUGUCACUCAGCGAGACAGUUGUAUUUUGUAUUACUGGUAAAUUUGCGCUCUGGGAAAAUAAGUGUUUCUGGAUCUUGAUUGUAUUUGCUGUUGAUUUUUCUAUAGAAUGUGAGAUGAUAUACCUCUUCUGUCUUGAAUGUUUUUUUUUGGAUUUAAACAAAGUAUGAAACGUGCCGAUCGGUGAAACACAAGCCGCUUUGCAUUUGUACCAUGACAAAGCAUGCCAUAAUGUACUAUUGAGGUCUUUUUUUGUUUUAAAUA